AUGCGCUUUACUCAGGCGUCGCUGGGCCUGGCUUGUGCCACGCUAGCCACAGCUCUGCCCUCGCAGAGUGGCGAGCCAUCUUGCCGAUUUGCUCAGCAAUACACCCAACAGCAAAUUCUAAAAGAUCCUUCCAACUUCAUCAACGAUAUGUUGUAUUGGGAGGGCAAGUUCCAUCAGAACAACGUCUCGUUCAAUUCUAAUAACGGCAUGUCCUAUGACGGCACCAAUAUUGAUUGGGUUACUGGCGAGAGAACUGUCAAGCAUCCGUUCAGUGCCGCAAGCAAAGAAGUGAGUUCUAUUCCCCCCAUAAAAUCCAAUUUUGAUCAAAAGGCUUACUUAGUAUCCACCAAAAAGUCACUACAAGUCAUGCUUUAUGCACAUGCUAUCUCCGGAUCUGCGGAAGCUGCUCGUUUCCUCUCUCCCCGUGACCCAUCUGCAGCCCCAGGUAUUGCUGCUUCCAUCAUGGAACUCAAGUUGCAAUCUUACUUGAGAUUCAAUGAAACCUACCCUGGUUUUGGUGGUUUCCUACCGUGGUUCACCUCGAGCUCUCAGGAUCUUUCCCCUACGUGGGACUGGAACAACAGAGUCCCCGGCCUUGACAACGGUGAACUUUUGUGGGCCGUGUAUGCCUUCAUCCAGGCCGCCGAGAACACGUCAAACCGGUCAUACAUUGACCUUGCCAAGAAGUGGCAGACUUGGAUGGACUAUACCAAGACUACAGCAGCUCACAUAUUUUACCGCGGCGCGGGUAAAGUUUGCGCUGUCGUCGAUUUAAACCAGACGCUUCCCGUCCACCACCCCGAGCAGAAUUAUACCUGCGAGGGUACUGACAGCUAUCUAGAUGAUCCCUAUGAGGGAGAACUCUUCACUUGGUGGCUCCAAUUCUUCGGUGGUCUCCCUGAAUCUGAUAUCGAGGCGCUUUGGGAGUACAAGAGAGCCAAGCUGGUGAGCGUGGACUAUCACAUGGGCAACGUUGGGCCGAUCACUGUCCAGAAAGAGCGCGUUCGCACUUGCAAUUCGGUUGUCACUAAAGUCCCUGGCAUGUUCGCUUCAGUCAACAAUGUCACAGACCCAUCCACUGGCGAUGUGGUCGGUUACAUCUCGAAUGCCGGUAUUCCCUCGAUCUCGAACCAAACGGUCCAAGAGCUCGACGUCAUCACGCCUUACAGUGUCUUCCCUACCGUAUUCACUGAAUCUACCCGUCGCGAUGGAACCGGAGUCUCUGCUCUUCUCACCUGGGACAGCAAGGUUACUACUGUGAACGCCAUUCUUGGUGGAGUGACCGAUCUGGUCCGCCAGAAAAUGAAGGCCGAGAACAUCUAUAACACCUUCGUGACUAGAAUCGAGUCUGAGUACUCACGAGUUUUCAAGAACCUGAAGGGUGAACAUGUUGCAUUCUGUCUUCCCCAGGAGUCUGUGACUGAUGCUGGACUCGUCGACUUCACUACCUGCAACUAA